UGUGCAUGAAUACCGGUUGCCAAGCGCCAGCAAGACGAAGAAGACACUGCGUACUUCGUACAUGCUAAGCAAACAUGCAGCGAGAAAAAACCAACAACUCCGGCGGGACUGAAAAGCCUGACCGAGAGGCCGCCAUUAUGUCCAAAUACUACGAAGGAGUUGAAUUUCCUUUCUGUGACGAGUUCUCCAAAUAUGAAAAACUAGCAAAAAUAGGACAAGGGACAUUUGGGGAGGUGUUCAAAGCAAAACACAGACAGACUGGAAAGAAGGUUGCACUGAAGAAAGUUUUAAUGGAAAAUGAGAAGGAAGGGUUCCCGAUCACUGCUCUGAGAGAGAUAAAAAUCCUGCAGCUGCUCAAACACGAGAAUGUGGUGAAUCUGAUUGAAAUUUGCAGAACUAAAGCUACCCAGUAUAACCGAUACAAAGGCAGCAUCUACCUGGUGUUUGACUUUUGUGAGCACGACCUAGCCGGACUGCUUAGCAACACCAAUGUUAAGUUCACCUUGGCAGAGAUCAAGAAGGUCAUGCAAAUGUUGCUCAAUGGAUUAUACUACAUCCACAGAAACAAGAUCCUUCACAGAGACAUGAAAGCAGCCAAUGUGCUCAUCACCAGAGAUGGCGUCCUAAAACUGGCUGACUUCGGUUUGGCUCGAGCUUUCAGCCUAGCCAAAAACAGCCAAGGGAACCGCUACACCAACCGCGUGGUCACACUGUGGUACAGACCACCGGAGCUGCUGCUCGGUGAACGAGACUACGGUCCCCCGAUUGACUUGUGGGGAGCAGGCUGCAUCAUGGCGGAAAUGUGGACAAGAAGUCCUAUCAUGCAAGGGAACACUGAGCAGCACCAGCUCACUCUUAUCAGCCAGCUUUGUGGCUCCAUCACAGCCGAGGUUUGGCCCGAUGUGGACAAGAAGUAUGAGUUGUACCAGAAAAUGGAGCUUCCCAAAGGCCAAAAAAGGAAAGUGAAGGAUCGUCUCAAAGCUUACGUCAAAGACGCCUACGCUCUCGACCUGAUUGACAAGCUGCUGGUCCUGGACCCGGCCCAGCGUACAGACAGCGACGACGCUCUCAACCAUGAUUUUUUCUGGUCUGACCCAAUGCCGUCGGACCUCAAGAACAUGCUUUCCACCCAUAACACCUCGAUGUUUGAAUAUCUCGCACCACCCCGGCGAAGAGGCCACAUGCCCCAACAGCCGCCCAACCAGAACAGAAACCCUGCCACCACCAGUCAGACUGAGUUUGAUCGAGUGUUUUAGACAAAACUUUUAUUUUAAAGGGAGUACAAGUUGCUGAAUGUUUGAUUUGAAAACACAGGACAACCUGCCACAUUUUAAGGAAAACUACAUAUUCCUUGAUCGUGUCCAGCUUUGUUGCAUCGCGAAUUCCUGCUUGGGAUGGCUAUGCUGCAUCGCAAUUGGGAUUAGUAUUCAAUCAAGUCAAUCCAAAACCUCCACAAACCUGCAUUGUUUUGACGUAAUACUUGGUUUACAAGUGAAAGCGCCGAUAAUAGCAUUUUGCUCAUAGCCUUGAACUGAACAAUGGCAAUGUUUGUAAUGUUAAAUUGAGAUGUCUUGAGUUUUCUUUCUUUCUUUCCUUUUUUUUCCUCACUUGUAUGGCAUUUUGGUCACAGGUAAUGUUUUGAGGGAUUAAAGUGUGGAAAAUCACUCCACUCAUGGGCAACUGUGACAUUGAAAAUAUAUAUUUGGACUGUAAAAUUUUGUGAAAAAAAGUGGGGUUUGUUCUGUACAGAAAUCGUCUAUUUUGAAUAAAAUCAAAACCCCGAAA